AUGAAGCCCGUGUCACAGUCCUCUUCGCCCCGAAUCCAGAUGUCUUCCGAAGGCGGCAAGUUUAUUGAGUUCGAUUUCGUGCGUUCUGGACGUUACGGCUCACCGGACGUGCACCUCAAGUGCCGGAUAACGGCAACCACUCGUCCAUCGAAGCAGCAGUUGCAGGUGCCGAGGUCCAAGAGUCAUCUGGAGCGUGGUGGUGACCGCCACCAGGACGAUUCUUCAAUCUCCGCGCUGAGGCCCCUGACACGACUUGUUCGUUUCGUACCGGAGUUAGCCAACAGACUUCGGUUGUUGUAUCAGCUGGUCGUCUGCGUUCCUCGGAGGCUGGCGGAGAUACAGCAGGAUGCUCCCAAGGACGAGCCUCUUCUCGCAGAUCUUCCCGAUCAAGCACCCGUUGAGGAACGAGUUCUGGAGUGGGCCGAAGGACUUCUCCGCAACGGCAUCCCCAAGAUCGAGGUGUCUCCGGUUGCGGCUCAGGAUGGCUUUGAGGCUGACGACGAGAAUGAUGGAGACGACUACGACGAAGACGAGGACAAGAGCUCGGGCUUCUUUAGUGACGAGCUGAGCGAAACCGACAACGAGUCGACCUGGACGAGCGACAAGCAGGUUCAAUGCAGCCUCGGGCGGUACACGCUGACACAGGUCCAGGAACGCAAGCCCCGACUGGUGUCACAUCGUGAUCUGCCUGCAUGGCUGCAGAACAACGAGUACCUCGAGGGGCAUCAUAGGCCACCGUUGAAAUCGUGGCGGGCCUGCAUUCGCUCGGUGUUCAGCCUCCACACCGAGAGCGGUAAUAUCUGGACACACCUGCUCGGUGCCCUGGGCUUCCUCGCACUCGGAGUUCAUUUCUUCAGGUCAGAUGCCCUUGCCCUUGACUGGUCGGGUUCGCUGGCCUUUGGCGUGUACUUUGCGGGCGCCGCACUCUGUCUGACUCUGUCCACCAUGUACCAUACCUUCAGCUGCCAUUCGGCGCGCGUGUGCCAGCUCUUCUGCAAGAUGGACUACUGCGGCAUCACGAUCCUUAUUCUGGGGUCCUUUUACCCCUGGCUCCACUUUCAGUUUCUGUGCGAACCCCUCAAGAGACUCGUCUACGGGCUCCUGGUUACUUCAUCGGGACUGCUGACACUCAGGGUGUCCAUGUCGCAGAAGUUCGGCGAAGCAAGGUACCGCGGUCUGCGCGCUGGCAUCUUUUUCAGCUUUGCACUCGUGUGCGGAAUCCUGCCGUCAACUCACUACGGCCUGGAGCACGGCUGGGACGACUUGAUGUACAAGAGCUCGUUCGUUUACAUGCUGCUCAUGGUUGCUAUCUACGUGACCGGGUGCUGUGUCUACGCCACCAGAGUCCCGGAGAGGUUCUUCCCUGGUCGUUGCGACCUAGCCUUCCAAAGUCAUCAAAUAUUUCACAUACUGGUGCUGCUCGGAGCCCUUGCCCAUUACUACGGACUUUGGAGGUUGGCGUCUCUGAGGGUCUCCGAAGGAACCUGCCCCGUCGGGCAGACGAACUCUCUUCUAUUUGCCCUGGGAGCUGCCUGAGAGUGACCAAAGUCAUCUAGUUGCAUCCAUGUGACGACCUGUUGAGUCCUGGAUCUCGACCUGAAAUCACCAAGUUGGGUGACGAGAUUCUUCGGGACAACGGGGACUUUCGUCGUCGAAGAGCCAUUCGGAGACUGAGGGCCAUCGGACAUGACUUCUCGUCCGUGAGAAGACCGCAAGAGUGGAGAUGGGCCUGCUUUGCAUCGAGUUGCUCAAGUUGACCCACGACCGGUCCGAUGUGUUGGAGACGUCGAAGCGCUUGCGAUCUUCGCGUGCUCCGCGAUGGCGGGCGAACACACCAGAAGUACUACUGGAGAACAGAAGCUGGAGAAAACGCAGCCCUUCCACACGCAUCAACGCGGCGAUUGAAACGAGUGCCGUGCCAAUCCUACUGUCAACUGUUUCAUGUUGCAAACAAGACAAAAAAAAAAAAAGAAGUUUGCAAACGUGAGGGACAUGAUACUGUCACCGGUACGGGACUUCCAUUGACUUCAUAUCAUCGGUCAUUGUAAAGGAGCUUGCUGUUGCGCGUGUAAUUUCUGGAGCAUACAGUUUGCACUAUUGAAUGUUCUUUUUUCGGCAAGGACAAGUAUGAGUGACCACCAGUAUAAUGUGUUGAGGUCAUGUGCAAGCGUUGAAUACGAAGGAUGUUUCCGUCUGGGACUCUCGUAUACAAGGUAACGGUCGGUGUAUGGUAUCCGGUAGAGUUGGUAGGUUGUAUGUACCCUAUGGACCUUUCCGGAGAUAUGUGGUGCCCCAGCGUACGUCUAAUUUACGCAUUGUGGCGUUCAGAUGUAUGGCACGUGAAAUUACUCAAGAAGCGGAGGCCAAGUUGACGUGAGUUUAAUAGUUCGUGAUUUCAGAACGCAGAAAAGGCAGAAGAAAAGCCAAGCGAAGUAUGUAAUAACCUUCUUUUCCGUUCGCUAUUUCUUUUUUGUGUGUUCUGGUUUUUCAACGGGAAGAAAAAAUCAGACUUGUGCCUAUCUCAAAUACUCUACUCAAGAUACUGUAUUUCAAAUACUUUUUGAAGUAUCUUGGAAUCUUGCAAAUGCAAAUACGAUGAAGAGAAUUUGAGUGUAUUUUAAUUACAUUUCUGAGUAUCUUGUGCUCAUUAUCUCAAAUACAUUUUUGACAUUCCGCCAUUUUCCG